UCUUCUUUGAAAGUUUCCUCGUUUCGGGCUAUUGUCAGAUGCAAUAAUGGCGUAGAAGAGUGUUAACGUGUUUGCGUGUCGUGUAAUUGCUUCACGGAUGCAUCUCAUUUGAUAUAGCCCCCAUAACGGACAUAAUUAUGCAUCGUGUCCCGCGCGUCGCCCCGAUUUGAAUCCACCGUACCUGUCUCUUCUCUAUUGUUAUUUAAAUUAUUUUUUGUGUGUGUUUUUAUGUUUUUGUUUGUUUGUUUGUUGUUGUUAUUGCCAUGACCAGUGUCGUUUUUUUGCUUGGUGCAGCUUUAUUAGGGUCAAUCAAGCCGGGGCAAGCAGCGGAACUUGUCAUCCACAUUCCGGGCAAUCUGGGCCAAGAAGGGGUGAUUUACAGACUGGAUUACUACCCUCCUUUCGGACACCCCGCCCCAAACACCACAAUUGCCUCGAAAGACAUCCAAGACGUCAUCAAGUUCUCUCAAGCGUUACCCGGGACCAAGUACGACUUCUGGCUCUAUUACUCCAACUCCACUCACAAUACUCUCACAUGGACUGCUAAUUUUACGACUGUACCUGACCCGCCUUCAAACCUCUCGGUUAGUGUCCGGAGUGGGAAAUCUGCAGUGAUUUCAUGGAGCCCUCCGACACAAGGGAGCUACUCGAGCUUCAAACUCAAAAUCAACUGUCUCAACAACGUACCAGAGGCCAAACCUCAAACCCUCACCGUCGACAACGUAGAAAAUAACUCCUAUCUCCUCAAAGAACUGACACCGGGGGCCACUUACCAAGUCCAGGCUUUCACAGUAUUUGAAAAUAAAGAAAGUGCAGCUUAUACAUCGCGAAAUUUCACGACUAAACCGAACACUCCGGGGAAAUUCAUCGUGUGGUUUCGGAAUGAGACAACUCUUCUUGUUUUAUGGCAGCCCCCAUACCCGGCUGCCAUCUACACACAUUAUAAAGUCUCAAUUGACCCUCCCGAUGCCAAUGACAGUAUACUCUACGUGGAGAAAGAGGGCGAGCCUCCAGGACCGGCUCAAGCAGCAUUCAAGGGCUUGGUGCCAGGUCGGGCUUACAAUAUUUCGGUCCAAACGAUGUCAGAAGAUGAGAUUUCCGCACCCACCACUGCUCAAUACAGAACUGUCCCUUUAAGGCCCUCGAAAAUUACAUUUAGACUAAUCACCUCGUAUUCGUUUGAAGUCCAUUGGGAGGAGCCCAACGGAAAAAGUGAGUUUGACAAGUACCAUGUGUUUGUUGGAACGACGAAAAGCAAGCAACAGAUUACCAAAAUGCGAGAUGAUCCGACUUUUUACGAGUUCAGUGAGAACUUAGAUCCGGGGAAGACCUACAGUGUGACUGUGAAAACUGUCUCUGGGAAAGUUUCCUCAUGGCCUGCUACGGCUGAAGUGACUUUAAAACCUCUCCCUGUGAUGCAUUUACACGCCGAAAGUGAUAUUAAAAACGGGAUUGUUAACAUAUCCUGGAGUCCGAAUCCUCGCAGCUUCCAGGACAACUACUUGGUGUCGUAUCACGAAGUGGAGAGUUCAACCGGCGAUAGUAACAACAUAAAAACGAACAAUAAAACGAAAAUCACUCUGGAUACGCUGCUCCCUGGUCGCAACUACUCUCUCAUCGUCCAAGCGCUCUCUAAAGACAUGGAGUCGAAUGAGAGUUACCUCUAUGUGGUAACGCAGCCAAGCGCGCCCAUCAUCGAGGACCUCCGUCCCAUGAUCGAUGGUCUCAACAUAAGCUGGAAGAGCGACGUGAAUUCGCGUCAAGACAAAUACGAAUUGCACUGCGUCCGAAACGACACCAACGACAAGAUAAUCAGAACCACCCAUGACUCGAGGAUCAUCCUCACGAAUCUCUACCCAGGCGCUGGCUACCUAAUCAAAGUGUUUGCAAUUUCGCACGGCUUGAAGAGCGAACCUCAUGAGUACUUCCAACCAGUUUUCCCUCGUCCGCCCAAAAACAUGACAAUCGAGAAAACCACCACCACGUCCGUGUUGGUCCAAUGGGUGGCGCCGAGCGACUCGCUCAUCUCCGAGUAUGCCAUACGCUACCGAACAGACACCAAUCGAAAUUGGGUGCGAUUACCGCCUGUUCAAAAUACAGAGGCCGAAGUUACCGACAUGACUCCCGGCGAACGGUACACGAUCCAAGUUAAUACAGUUAGUUACGGUUUGGAAAGCAACGAACCACAACAAAUGAAUCAUACAGUACGACCGAAUCCAGCGUCGAAUAUCGCACGAUUGGUCGAUUCGAAUAAUGUCACUCUGGAGUGGCCACGACCGGAAGGAAGAGUUGAAACUUAUGUUGUCCGGUGGUGGGAAUCCGGGAACGAGUCCGAGAUCUACUCCCGGAAUGUGAGCCAGAAUGAGAAUGGCACCGGACCCGUUAGGUUACUCGUCAGUGAUUUGAUGCCAGGAGUUGAGUACACGUUUGAUAUCAAAGCGAUUUCGAAUGGUCUAGAAAGUGACAAGACGGUGUUGACAAUCAGGACAAUGCCUUUAAUCCAAUCAGAAGUCGUGGUUGUGACCAAUCAACAGUCGACAGACACCAUCAGUUUGAGAUAUACACCGACUCCCCCGACUUCGUCCAAAUUCGAUUUUUACCGAUUUUCCUUGUCCGAUAGUAACAUACCGGAUCAGGAAAAAGCCUGGAAUGAUACAGACCGAUUUGUUACCUUCACCGGUUUAAUUCCAGGCCGACUAUACAAUAUUACAGUUUGGACAGUCAGUCAGGGGGUUGAAAGUCAGCCCUUGCAACGCCAAGACAGACUUUAUCCUGAACCCAUCACUGGCAUCAAUGCAACUUCAGUCUCCGACACCGAAAUCACUCUCUCUUGGGCCUCCCCUCGGGGCGAAUUCAACGCCUUCGAAGUCCAAUACCUCACAUUCGAGAACACCCUCAUCCACAACUUGACGUUACAAAACACCAUCACCAUCACGGAGUUGAAGCCUCAUCGCAACUACACUUUCACUGUGAUGGUGCGGAGUGGUACCGAAUCGAGCAUUUUGCGACAGUCUAGCCCCGUUUCGGCCAUUUUCACGACCAAGGAGUCGGUUCCGGGUCGAGUGGAGCGAUUUGAACCUUUCGAUAUACAACCUAGUAGCAUUUCCUUUGAGUGGUCGCUCCCUCCGACUGAACAAAACGGAGUCAUCCGCAAGUUUACCAUAACUUACGGGCUUGAAGGCUCGUCGAAUACCCAAUCGCUUGAUUUCAAACCGAAUGAAUUCAAGGGGAAAAUCCGGCAGUUGUUGCCCGGAAAAACAUACGUGUUUCGGAUUCAAGGCGAGACGAAAGUCGGGUUUGGCCCGGAGAGGAUUUGGAAGCAGAAAAUGCCGAUUCGGGAACCCCCGGUGCCCAAUUCGAGAGCUGUCCCAACUGAGGUCCGACGAAGCUCCACCACGAUCCAAAUCCGUUUCAGGAAGAACUAUUUCAGUGAUGUGAACGGGCCUGUUACCACAUAUGCGAUUAUAGUCGCUGAAGAUUAUUCGAAGAAUGCCUCGGGGUUGGAGAUGCCGAGUUGGAGGGACGUUCAAGCGUACUCGGUGUGGCCCCCGUACCAAGUUUCCGAGCCCUAUUAUCCGUUCUUUAACAGUUCGGUCGAGGAUUUUACUAUAGGGGCCGAAAGUUGCGACAUACGCCAAGUGGGGUACUGCAACGGGGCCCUGAAAAGCGGCUCGACUUAUCGGGUGAAAAUCCGAGCUUUUACAGCGCCUGAUAAGUUCACCGAUACCGGGUACAGUUUUCCGAUUCAGACAGAUCAAGAGAACACGGGUAUCAUACUCGGGGUUUUGAUUCCGCUGAUCCUCUUCGGUGUCCUCUUCUUGGUUAUUAUCUACAUCAGACGACGAAGAUCGGCUCGUAAAGCCACAGACACGCGAACAAACGACAACAUGUCGCUCCCGGAUUCGGUUAUUGAGACAAGUCGGCCAGUGCGAAUCGACAGUUUCGCCAACCACUACCGACUAAUGUCGGCCGAUUCGGACUUUCGGUUCAGUGAAGAGUUCGAAGAACUGAAACACGUGGGGCGAGACCAACCGGCGACUUUCGCCGACUUGCCUUGCAACAGGCCCAAAAACCGCUUCACCAACAUUCUCCCAUACGACCAUUCCAGGUUCAAGUUGCAACCAGUGGACGAUGAAGAAGGCUCGGACUACAUCAACGCGAAUUAUGUGCCGGGGUAUAACUCCCCCCGCGAGUUUAUCGUGACCCAAGGCCCGUUGCACUCCACUCGUGACGACUUCUGGCGCAUGGUAUGGGAGUCCAACUCGCGGGCUAUCAUCAUGUUGACCCGUUGUGUGGAAAAGGGGCGCGAAAAAUGCGACCAUUACUGGCCCUACGAAUCCAUGCCAGUGUAUUACGGGGACAUUUCAGUGCAAAUUUUAAACGAAACUCGGUACCCAGACUGGAACAUAUCCGAGUUUAUGGUGUGUCGGGGUGACCAACAGAGGGUCAUCCGGCAUUUCCAUUUCACCACGUGGCCCGAUUUCGGGGUCCCCAACCCCCCUCAUACUCUCGUACGCUUCGUGCGGGCGUUCCGGGAGAGAGUGGGGUCAGACCAGCGCCCCAUUGUGGUCCACUGCAGUGCUGGAGUUGGCCGUUCGGGCACUUUUAUUUGCCUCGACCGCAUCCUCCAACAAAUCCUCGUUUCGGACUACGUUGACAUCUUCGGGAUCGUCUACGCGAUGCGUAAAGAGCGCGUGUGGAUGGUGCAAACCGAACAGCAAUAUAUUUGUAUCCAUCAGUGUCUUUUGGCGGUGUUGGAGGGGAAAGAACUGUCAGGGUCGCCGCGUGAAAUCCACGAAAAUCAAGGAUUUGAAGAAAUGGUAACACACUUGUUUAGUCGAUGUAAAAAGCUGCUAUUCUGUGGUUCAGGCAAAGGUGUUGGUGGAAACGGCGCUACUGUUGGGCCUUCUUUAGGCACGGGGGAGAAACAAAGGUAGAUUAACCGUACAUCUGGCUGCAUUUAACGCUUUAGCCGAUGACGAAGGCAUUGCAGAGUCUGGGAUGUGAUAAAAACGAAGAUAGGCAAGAAGCAAUAAAGUGUUUUAUAGAAACUAUUAGACUUUUGUUACAUAUAUUUUAUUAUGUAAUCGACUAUAGAAUUGAUAUUAUAUUUACUAAUUGUACAGUAUUUCCGCUAUUCUUUACAGUCAGAGACGCAGUAUUUCGUGACAAGUCUGGCAAAUAUCAUUCCUUGACACUUCAUUAAUCGCCCGUACUUUUUUCAUAUAAAUUAGUUAGAGAAAAAUACCGUUCUGUGAUAUAACGAUUCGGUUUUAGUAUAAUUUUAUAUAAAAAAGAUAAAUUACCCACUUGGCGUUAAUUAACCCGCUUUGUACUUAAAAAUCAAAAUAAAUAUUUUAUUCCAUUUA